UUAUUAAAUCAACAGCCAUGAUACAACUCGCUCUUCCGAUUCAAUAAUCUUCACCUAAUCAAACAUGCAAAGUUCUACACAAAAGGGUAAAAUAUCUAACUAAACAAAAUAAAACAGCAUUGCAUGUGUACGAAAUCAAACGAGCAGUAAUGGCAGUUAUGGCAAAAAUACAAGAGGAAUAUGGUGUUGAAUGAAGCUUUGGGAACGGCCCGCCAGAAUGUAGGUCAGUGUAACACUCACACAGGGUCAUAAACCCUCCCCCAAAGUUGUAAACUCAGUGGACAAAGGAUCAUAAACUUUUCGGUGGCAAACCAGUAAAACCAGUAAAGUUGAAGACAAAGAAAAUGGUGAAUUUCACUAUGAGGUUAUUAUAGCAGUUCAGUUUUACAGCGCACCUGCGUCAGGUGUCACACAGUAAAAACACAACUUGAGAAGCUCAGCAGCUUCAGAGUCCAGCGAUAAUCAACAUUCAAUAACACUUGGCAUGCAAAUACACUUUGAACACAUAAGACUAUAAGUGGCGAUUCUAAAUCGCCCUAAAAUUCUACUCUAUCCUGCCCAAGCUAUUUCUGAUAAAGAAAUAAAAAUAAAAGAACGGAUUUUACUUGAUGUUGUCUCCUCUGAGCAGAAGGAGAGAGAAGGAGGGGGGGGGGAGAGUUUCCAUGCGUCCAUGGGUAACUCAGGAGAUCAGUCUGUCUUCGUCCUUUUCUGCCUCCUUGGCAGAAAGAAUUUGUAAAGCCACGUUGACUGACAUCAUCAGACACUUUGAUGAGAACAGUGCAAGACCCCACUUGAGGAAGAAGAGACAGCGUCCACAGGAUCCCCAGUUUAUCAGCAGUGAGCAACUCCGCAGAGUUUGGAGUUCAUAAUGAACUACGCAGAGGAUCAUGCCAUCAUGCUGCCUGGUCGACAUCCUGGCAACAGGGAUUGGCAUGUGAAACUACUGCCAACACAUGUCUCAAAGGCCUCAUUGUGGCGUCUCUAUAUGAAGUCUGCUAAGGAGCUUGAUGAGCAUGCAAUUUGCAAAUCAAGCUUCAAGGCACUUUGAACCCAGCUAUUCCCACACAUAAGAAGCUGUAGGCCCCGCACCAACCUCUGCUGGCAGUGCCAACAGAAUAAUGACCAGCUUAUGAGAAGUGCAAACCUUCCAGAGGAGAGGAAGACUGCAGCAAUCAAGUAGCAACAGGAUCAUCGUCAGCUUGUUCAAAACGAGGGGGUCGUCUACAACAAGAUGACUGCUGCCUGCAAAAAGACCUGCUACAACUAUCAAUUGUCCAUCAGCCCCUCCCCACCUUCAAGUAAGAAGAUCAGGAUGCCCUACAGCUUUGACAUUGCACAGCAGAUGCACUUCCUCUCGAACCCACUGCAGCCUGGGCCAAUGUACUUCCUGACACCACGGAAAUGUGGACUUUUUGGUGUCUCUUGUGAAGGCCUGCAGAAACAGGUGAAUUUCCUGAAUGAUGAAGGCAUGUCAUCAGGGAAGGGGAGCAAUGAAGUCAUUAGCUACGUGCACCACUUCUUCACUCAUUUCGGGGUUGGAGAAACUGAUGUGGAUCUUCAUUGUGACAACUUCACUGGGCAAGACAAAAACAAUUUUAUGUUGUGGUAUGGCACCUGGUGGGUCGCACACAAGCUUCACUCCACACUAAACAUCCACUUCCUGAUUGCUGGCCACACCAUAUUUGCCCCGGAUGUUGGGAUUAUCAAACAAGCAUACAAGAGGACCAGGGUCAGCACAUUGGCAGACAUCGCCAAAUCCUUCUGUUUACAGGUAGUGGAAAACAGCUCGCCAGAAAGUCGCCUCAACAUCCCACAGCUGGUUGGACUGGAAGAUGGCACACCUGAGUCCCUACUUCCGAAAGCUCCCACAGAUCAAGAGUUAUCUACACUUCAGCUUUGAUGCAAAAAGACCUGGUGUGGUCCUAGCUAGGACUCAGAGCGAAGCAGAGCCUGUUAGCUUUCAGCUGCUGUGUGACCCGGGAGUUUUACCCCCGGUCGUCUGUGUUCCUGCCCUGCCUGCACCUGAACUGGCCACGGACAGGCAGACUUCUCUUUAUUCAAAGAUCAGGCCUUUCUGUUCCAAUGAAGCGAAGGACGUUACAUGCCCAGCACCACAAAGCACAACACAGAAUAGCACACAGAAGAGGAUUAUGGUGUGACACUGUGACUUUGGCGUUUUGCCAAUUUGUAAUGUGUAUAGAGUUGUAAAUAAAAAUCACAUUUGUGAA